AUGGACUUUGUACCUUUCCAAAAGCAAGCUGUGAGUGAGGUCGACGCAUCUCACUUGAAAAGGAUUUUUCCGUGCGUGUUGGAAAAAAGGACGAGCAAUCAACAACGCGACUGGAACGAGAUUUUGCUUGGCUGGCUCAUGGCUCGCUACAUGAUCUACACGAACAAUGAUAUUGACGCAACCUGUUCUGCCGCCAAGGAACAAACUUUCAUAGAAUCGCGUGAUAAUUCUGCUCGACUGUGCCUUCAGAAAUAA